CAGACACGCAGACAGAAUGAAUAGAAAGACGACAGAGGGAGCGAGAGAGUGAGGCAGAGAGUGAGAGAGACGAGUGAAAGAGACAAGAUAUAUUUGACUGUGUGGGUGUGUGAAGUAUCAAGGCAUGCAUCAUAAUUGUGGAUUCUUCUUGGAGCAGCUGGACAAGUCAGUGCAUCAGCAGGAGAUUUACUGGUCUUUCAAAUUGUGUUAUUUUGUACUUUAAAACAGUGGAAGCUGUGAGCACAGACAGCGACAUUUUGAAAGACAAAAUGGAAACCGACUUGUUUCUGCUGCCUCAAGGAUUUCAUAAACAGGGAAUACAAAAUUACUUCAACUAAGUGAAGUGCUGCCAAAAAUGAUUUGUGGAAAAUUAUGAUACCUCUGCACCCUCAACAAUAGGAAAUCAAGUGAAGACUUUAUCUGAGAUGGCUCUCAGCCACAUUAUCAUCUGCCUCCUGCCACUCAUUUGCUAUGGGUCAUCCCACCCCUCUCCUCCGCCACCUCCUCCCCGGGGAUGUAGUGUGGAUGUGGAUCCUCCAUACAGGGUGCUCUGCGACCUGGAAUCAGUCUGGGGUGUUGUUCUGGAGACUGUGGCCUGCAGCGGUGGUCUCACAUCAGUGGUCCUCGCUGUGCUCCUGCUAGUCAAGAUGCGCUCCAUUUCUGAUCCUGCCAAGCGCUCCAGCCUGGGGCCUCUACUCCUGCUUCUGGGCACACUUCUUGGGCUUUUUACCAUCUCUCUGGCUUUCCUGGUGGGGAAGAACCAGGCGCUCUGUGUGGUUCGAAGGGCCUUCUGGGGACCCCUUUUUGCCCUCUGCUUUUCCAGCUUACUAGUGCAGGGUGUGAGGCUCAGGAGGCUGGUAGCUGGAAAGGCAAGCCCAUCUGGCAGCUCCCUUGCAGCACUCGGUCUAGCCUUGGCCUUGGUUCAGGGGAUAAUCUCUGCCGAAUGGGUGCUGCUGACUGUAGUUAGGGAGGGUCACCCAGCCUGUGAAUAUCCACCUUUAGACUUUGCCCUUACCUGCAGUUACACUUUGGGGCUUCUUCUCAUAGCCAUGGGUCUCUCUCUUGGGGUGGUGCUGUGUGGUGGAGAGCUGGCAGUAGAUGGAGGAAGUGGCAAUGACGAAGACAGAGAAGGAGAUAGUGAAAAACGGAAAUGGAAGUGUAACGCAAUCUGGCUCGUCCUGUCCAGUCUCGCAUCAGCAUUACUAUGGGUGGCCUGGCUGGGGUUUUACCUUUACGGCAGCCAGACGUUAAGGGGAAGGGGGAACAGAGAGAAGGGAGGGGGGAAUAAGGAUGCAAAAGUGUUUGAUGAGCCUGCACUGGCUGUCGCCCUGGUUAUUCAGGGAUGGCUUCUGCUCCUGUUCCACGCUAUCCCAGAGACUCACCUGUGUCUCCUGAAAACUUCACAAUCCGACACGCAAGACUUCUUUGACACCAGUCACACGUCUCCUCCUUCACAUUACGGAGAUGAGCUCCCUGCACAUUCGCACCGAUCCUUCCAAGAGAACCAGGCCUUUUCAAUGGAGGAACACAGUGCAACUCUCCGAAGCGGAACAUACCACGGCAGCCAUGGAAAUGUGCGUCCUGGUAUCGCCUUCAGAGGGCAUGUCUACCAACCUACCGAGAUGGCUCUAGUGAUGAACGGUGGUACAAUGCCCACAGCCCCAGUUAACUACACUGGACGACGGUUAUGGUAAUAUAAGGGGCAAAUGUUGAAGAGGACACACUUCAGUCACGUUUUUGAGGGAAGAAGUAUUAAAGACGGUACAUAUCACAAAGAAGCGACUUCAUAAGAGAUAGCUAUGUUUACCGUGUUUGUGUUUUUUGCCACACAUGUGCAGAUUUGGCAUUUUAAAAAGAAACUAGUAUGGUAUUUUUGCCUACAUUUUCCCGAAGGCUUUUUUGAUGGAUGUAAAGGAACAAGAGAGGGAAGAGAAAGCGACAUCUCUCAGUAAAGUGAUAUUUUUCGAUGAUGCAUUUUUCGAUGAACACAUGUAAUCUGAAUUAUAAUACAUACACACAAGAACAAGAAGUCUAUUAACACAACUAAAUGUUAUAUUUAAAGUGUUUUUUAAAAAUUAUAUUAUAUUAAAAGAGACAUAUUGAAUGACCUGUUGUUAAACCAUGACAGAGUUGAGCUUAGAAGAAGACUUGAAUGUGUUGAGGUAAACUCUUUUGCCUGAGCAGCACCAAACCAGUGCUGCAACAUUCUAACUUUUGUUUAUCAACCAUGCUUACUUCAUAAAAAUGCACUUUUGUAUGUCAUUUUAUUAUUAUUAUUAUUUGUUUGCAUUCAAGCUACAACUACAAAUAAGCUGUUAGGAUAGGUAUGUAAAAUACCUGCUUACACCCACAAUGCUUGCACAGCCUCUGUUUUUCAUCCUGGAAAGUCCCAAAGGAUUCGCAUAGUGAUUUUCUCUCUAUCUCUCGCCUUUCCAAUAUAAGUACUGUUGGGCAGUUUGCCACAUUCACAGUGUUUACUCAUAAAGGCUUUGUAUUCAGCAGAUCUCGUGCAGGGCUGUGGAGGACUAUCAAAUAGAUUUUAAAAGGUGAAUAAAAAUUCUACAGCUUGUGGAUUGUUUUUUUUAAAACAAGGUUCAUCUUUAAUAAGCCUGUGAUAAAAAGCCAUUUAAUACUGCAGCACUAAUCCUGCAGUAUUAGUAAAUAGGGUUUACUGUUAGUGGCUGUGAUUUUGCACUUUAUCAGCACCGAUUACAUCUGGGAAUUGUGAUAUUUGACAUUACUGGACAUGCAUGUAAAAGCACAGUUUAAAGGUAAUGUAUUUUGUCAAAACGUAAGUGUUUUGUUUUCUAGAAUUUUAAUAACUGUAUACUGAAGAAAAUGACCAGUUGUUUUGUGUUUCUAAUAAAUUGGCAUUGGAGAGAUCAUUGACAAAACAGUCUCACCCCUUUAAGCCAAUAAGUCAGAAAAUUUACAUUUAAAAAUAAAACAAUUUCUGGACAAUCAAGCAAAUCCCGUUGCUGUGGAAGGCCAGGUAUGCGUAAACCUAAAAGAAACAGGUAACAGUUUCUGUGGUCAGACUGUUUUGUCUUGCAGAGUUUAUUGUGCAUUAUCAACAUUUUUUUUAGAUGUAUGAUAAAAUCUUAAAAAUGGCAGAAAAAGUGAACCCUUUGGAAUUAAACAUUUUUUAUUGGGUUUUUAUCCAUUAAUUGGUGGUUUUUAUCCAUUAAUUGGUGGUAAGAAAUAAACAGCUGUCAUUAGUCUUAUUAUUGGGUUUUUAUCCAUUAAUUGGUGGUAAGAAAUAAACAGCUGUCAUUAGUCUUCGUUAAACAUAGUGAAUAUAUAUUGACAAAGGAAAAAUAAUGAACCUUGGAUCUUAUACCUCCCUAAACUGUCAUAUAACGAUGCUCCUGGGUUCAUUUUAGGAUUAUAUUUCACUGAAAUCAUUCUGUAGUACACUGGUUAAUAAAUUCAUUCCAGAAAGCCAUAAAAUGUAUAUAAAAGACGGCUGUAACUUCCGAGUAUGAUAAGUAAAGCUAGUGCCAAAGUGCCUUAAACAUGGGUUCUUUCUAACGGUCAGCAGGGGCCCUUGAUGUUGCAAAAAGAAGUCAAAAUGUAUAAAAAGUCUAGGCUCCCUUGAUUCCCACCUUUGUAAGGACUUCCCCUAUAAGUUUAAGGUCUUAAUCGGUUGUUUCACAUUUUUUGACUACAGCAAGACAUUCAUUUUGUGUAUUAUGGUCCCACUUCAGUCAAAAUGACAACAAAGCAGGCUUUAUGGUAUGUUGACAAGACCGAGAUGGUGAUUUUACUUCAGGUUAGGCUUAUUGUUCUCAUUAUUACCUUCUUACCUAACCUCUACUAGACUUCAGCUUAAUACCAUCCAUCCUUACAUUAUACUGAAGCUUAAUGGUGGUGAUCACUUGGUGGAGUCCCAGGCGCAACAGAAAUAAAAGUGGCCCAAAAUGAUAACACUAUGUGUGAUAUCAAAUGUAAGUUUACAUGUAGGGUUAUUUUGAUAAUUCCAAAGGGUUUUCUUGUUUUUUCUUCCCACUUUACAGUUAAACUUUAAAUUCCAUGAAACAAAAUGAAAAGAUUUGGCAUAACUGUAAAUUUCACUGGAAACCUUUGAUAUUUUGGGCCAGAUUUGCUGACGUAUUGCACAAGUAGAAAUUGGGUUUUGGUGUGAAAAAAAAGUAACAUCAGUAUUAACAAAGACGUUGCAGUAACAAGAUUGCAUGUCAGAGGUGGGAUUUCAGAGAUUUUCGUGACCGAUCCAGUCGUGAUAUUUUACACUGAAAAACAGCAUAUCACAUUUUUUGCAAUUGAUAUUAUAAUGAACUGAAAGUGGGUGUGUUUAAAUAACUAACCACACCUGUAAGUGCUAUUUGGGGAUCGUGCUCACGCACUAUUUUGUCCUGUUUAGUAAAUCAAGCCCAUUUAAUUACAACGCUGAAAAGUUUGUGUUGAAUUUAACCUAUUAAGACUCAGUUAACUUUGAGACUGAAUUCUGAAUCCAAUCCUGAACAAGUUAGUAAAAUGAGGUUGAAAAGCAGGUCUCAUAAUGUUCUUCUCUAAUCUUGAGACCAUUUCUUCUUACUAUAACACUAAACAACUAAACUGUGAGUGAUUUUACUUUUGUGUAAAGCCGUGUGUUCUAAUAUAGUACAAUGAAAAUAUGAUCAUUGUAGGAUUUUUUUUUUAAUGUAUUAAGCCUAUAUAACUGAUUUUUAAACAUGUACUGUAGUUGUUCCAAAUGUGAAAAAGCACUGGUAUUUCUUUUUUGAGAUCCUCUUAUAAUGAUAGCUCUGUCACUGUUUUAUGGCAGCAUAACAUGAAUGUCUGUAAUGUGAUUUGCACAAAGUGACUAAUACAUCAGUGCACCUAUUCUGUUAAA